UAUAAUUGUGACAAAUUAAUAACUGGCUAUUGCCAACCAAACCACCUAAUAUCCAACCUUAUUUCCUUCGACCCUCAGCUGGAGUCGAGCAAACACCACGGGAUAUAACCCCUCCCUCUCCAUCACUAUACCACAAUACAGUUAGGGAAAGAAACAAUGGCCCUGAAAAUUGGUAUCCCCACAAUGUCCCUCGGUCGCCCUGGCCUCCACUCGCUCGACGACAAGCUGCACGUUGCCGCCCAGCACGGCUUCCAAGGAAUUGAGCUCUUCAUCGACGACCUCGUCCAAACCCGCUUCAAUAACUCCCUCCUCAAAGCGGCCCAGCACACCUCAGCCGUCUGCAAAUCCCUUAACCUCACCGUCAUCUGCCUCCAACCUUUCUCCUUCUACGAGGGCCUCCUAGACCGCACACAGACAUCCACCCUCCUCACCCAAAAGCUUCCGCUCUGGUUCGAGCUCGCCCGCAUCCUAGAGACAGACCUCAUCCAAAUCCCCGCGAACUUCCUCCCCACGGACCCAGAAACAGGAGCUCCCCGCACAUCCGGCGACCUCAACCUCAUCGUCUCAGACCUCAAGGCCCUCGCAGACCUCGGCGCUGAGCAAGGUUUCCGCUUCGUCUACGAGGCCCUCUGCUGGUCCACACAUAUCGACACCUGGGAAGCAGCCUGGGCCGUCGUCAAGGCUGUCGACCGAUCCAAUUUCGGACUCUGCUUGGACUCAUUUAACCUUGCCGGUCGGAUCUAUGCGGACCCAGCCCAUCCCUCCGGGAAGACGGCAACGGCAGAAACUGACCUGGAAACCUCGCUCAAGCUCCUGCGGGACUCGGCUAAGUCGGGGGAUCUAGAUAUCAAGAAGAUUUUCUACAUUCAGCUCGUUGACGGCGAGCGGCUUUCUGCGCCUCUAGACCAGUCACAUCCGUUUUAUGUUGCGGGCCAACCUACGCGCAUGAACUGGUCCCGAAAUGCGAGGUUAUUCCCUUGUGAGGUGGAGAGGGGUGGGUAUUUGCCUGUUUUGAAGAUUGCUGAGGUUCUCUUUGAGAUUGGGUUUGAAGGGUGGGUGUCUCUGGAGUUGUUUUCGAGGACUUGUGCGGAUCCAGAUCCGAGUACGCCGAGAUUGCAUGCGGAGAGGGGGAUGGAGAGUUGGAGGAAGAUUGUUGCUGCGUUGGGGUUAGGUAUUGAUGUUCCGGCUCCACUAGCUGCCGCUGGGGGUAAACAGGUGAUGACGGUUCAGCAUCGAUUGUAGAUUUUGAAUAUCUAAUGCUUGGUUAAGUAACCUAUUUUAGUCAAUGAUUAAAUUAAGUAG